GGAGCGCGCAGAGCCUCUCUCAUUUGGGGGAGGAGCCUGUGGCGCUGGGACCGUGUGCACAGAGCGGUCCUGUCCAAAGCGUCAGGAGGACACGAGCUCCGCUGCACCUGUGGACAACGCGCUGGGAUUUAUCACUCUUACGACGCGCGGGUUCGAGUAAAUUAAGAAUGAGCGUAGCCACGUGGAAACCUGGCGCUACAUAGGAUAAAGCGGCUGGGAAUUACAAUGCAUCUCCUCUUCGCAGCGGUGGUCUUUAUUCUGACCGUGACUGGCACUGCUGAAGGAUGGGAGUGCAGCCCAGGAUGCAACACAGAGAAUGGAUUUUGUGAAAAACCAGGAAAGUGCAGGUGCAAACCCGGAUGGCAGGGAGAGAACUGCGACCGAUGCGUGGCGUUCCCCGGCUGUGUGCACGGCUCCUGUGAGAAGGCCUGGCAGUGCGUGUGCGAGGAGGGCUGGGUGGGCAGCCUCUGUGACCAAGACACCCGGCUGUGCUCCUCCGGUCCUUGCUCCGCUAAUGCCACCUGCGUCGAGACAGGUGAGGGGGGCUACCUGUGCGUCUGUCCACACGGCUAUACCGGAGAUUACUGUCAUCUGAAGAAGGGUCUCUGUGCGGAGAACAGAUCUCCCUGUCAAAAUGGCGGCACGUGCACAGCUGUGGAUGGCUCCCCUGCCUUCUCCUCCUGCGUCUGCCCCUCUGGCUUCUCCGGGGACUACUGCGAGGUCAACAUGGACACCUGCCAGCCCAACCCCUGCCUACACGGGGGCACCUGCUCCAACCACGGCCUGGCCUUCACCUGCCAGUGCUCGGGCAACUUCACCGGCUUCACCUGCAACGAGACCCUCAACCUCUCCCCCUGCGCCGGCCGACCCUGCGCCAACGGAGGCAUUUGCGUUGGACAGAGCGAUGGAACGUUUAAGUGCACUUGCCAAAAGUGGUUCACGGGUCCCACCUGUUCUCUCCAGCACAGGCCGAGAGUGCGUGCCAAGCCUGCUGCGCCAAAACCGGUGGAGCAUCGUGUUUUUUCGCUCACUCCUCAACACUACUCGCUCCCGGCUCACGCCUUCCACAAGCUGCUGCGCCCACCGGAACGCGACCUGUUAAAGAUCACCUUAAAGGAGACGGUGCACUCUCAGGGGGUACUGGUGACGCACGGCCAGCUGGUGUGCUUCGGCAUGCUGGCACUGCUCACCUGCCUGGUAAUCCUGGGCACUACGGGCAUCGUGUUCUUCGGCCGCUGCGAGACGUGGAUGGCCAAUGCGAAGUACAGCCAGCUGGUGAGGCAACAGAGGGAGAGCCUGCUUAAGGAGGCCGGAGGGGGAGGGGGGCAGGACGGUCAGGAGGAGCCGGAGCACUCGGUCAACAUCAUCCUCCCAGAGAAGAUCCGGCUAAGCAGCUUCAACAGACACUACACUUCCAUAUGAAUGUGGGGAAAGGGUUGGAUAUGAAUGCGAAGGUUUAAUGCAGUGUCACUUUUCAAUACUGACAAUGAGAUUUUUGUCAAAUUCUGUCAUCAUUAUUGCAACGUAUUUAUUAAAACCAGGCAUGAUAAUAUUACACGGAGCAUUGCAAGUAUCACAAAUGCAUAAUACCAACUUUUAGUACUGAUGAUCUAUUUUACAGUGGAACAGUACUAUUGAGUAAAAGUUCUGAGUACUCUUCCCACUGUGAGAAAAGUGACAAAGGCUUUGUUGAUCAUGUUAAAUUAGUUGAACAUUUGUGUUUCUUUAACUGCCUUAACUUCAAAUUAUAAAUCAGAUCCAGAUUGUAAUCCAGACCGUGACACUUACAGGUUGUUGGUUAAAUCCCUGUCAUAUCAAACCUACUGUUGACCUUACACUUGUAUUGGUCAUAUAUUUAUUUGCUGAUGCAUUUGUCUUUCUUUGCUUUGUUCUGGAUGCUUUAGUCUGGAUGGAGCUGCAGAUGAGAUUUCUCUAACUGUUGUGCAGUUGAAUGUGGCUCUGGACUUCACUGGAUGAUAUAUGAAUGUAAUGUCUGUUGUUUUGUCCUCAAAAAUCCUAUGUUAAAUAUGUAAAACCAUGUACCAAAUAGCAGUGGAAUAGAAAAGAUGUCAUGAUCUUGUAUUUAUUACCUAAAAUGCUGCCAAUGUUCCACACCAUUAUUCUGAUUUGGUUUAGCAGACAGUUGCAUCAUGCACAUAAGCCACCGUACUUCUGGUGUUUCUGAAUGUCCACUGAAUGUGUCUUGUGUAUAAUGCUCAAAUGGAGGAUUCUAGGGUCAGAGAAACAGUUCAGACGAGUGUGAAUUAUGCCAACUAAAAUAUUUGUAUCAUAGUUUUUGUCAGUGUCAUAUUUUGGUGACAAAAACUAUGGUCAGAAAGUAUGACCAAAAUUACUUUCAUUGGCUUAAA